UUUGGACACUGAGAGAAUCGAUCGUCCUCCGGUGCACACGUCUCUUGUGAGGGUGCUAGUCAUUUUUAUUGCUAUAGCAGUGAAAGCUCAUAAUGUUUAUUACAUUGAGAUUUUACUGAAGAUUUGCUUGAAAAUAAUUCCUAUUCUGCCUAGGAACUUCCUUUAAAAAAUGGAAGCAUCUGUUGAUGACCCAAAAAUUAUAAUCCCUUUUGUGCCAUCACUAUCCCACUUUUCUGCAGUAAAAGUAGCUCUUCCAUUGUUCAAUAACUUUGAUAAAGGAGCUUGGCAUGACAUCUUGGAAGAAAUGAAGAAUGUAAAUCCGGCAAGAUUGAAUGAAGCUAAGGCUGAAAAAUGUGAGGUAAACAAAGCAAAGGAAAGGUUACUUCUCAUUCCUGCAGAUUUAAGACUUAAAGUAUUAGAGGCAAUUGUGGGCUUGGAUUCGGCUUCUGUAAAAUGGGAUUUAGACCAUUCAUUUUUACUGAUUUCAAAGAAUAUAGAUGAUUCUUUUUAUUGGAAAACUGAUGGGACAAUUGACAGAAUUAAAACAGUUCAGCAACUGCUUCUGAAUGAUGAUAUUAUUAUUGAACAGAAGUUUGAUUUGGCCUGUUCUUAUUUCUUAGAAAAAAGUAUACAGACUUUGUGGUCAGAAAUGGAGUCAUCUGGUAAGACAGAGAAACCUUUAGCAGCUUAUAAUCCCAUUUCACGUUUUUGGGUUAGAAGGAUGAGCCAUAAAUAUCAGACUCCAUGGAUAAAGAGCGUUAAAAAAUACCUUGAACUUCCUGAAAAAUUUUCAAGAAUUCCAAUCCCAAGAUUCAGUGCUUUCUUUCCUUUGUUGCAGCCAGAAGACAGGAAGAAGUUUCUUGUCUCUUUAUGUAAUGCUACAUCUGAUGAUUUCUUGUUCUGUAUGUAUGGCAUAACUAAACAAGAAGAAGUAGAAAUGUUGAAGACGGUUACUCCAAAACUCCUUUUUCUUUAUUUGGCUUGGCCACUGCAAAGUUUCUUUCUUGCAAUGGCUGAAAGAUUGUGGAAUUUUAUUGAUUAUCCUCUUUUUCAAGAAGUACUAGAUACUAUCUACUCAUACAAUGUGACAAAGAUAGAUUUUGAUUAUGUUAAACUUUUUUUGGACUUCUAUGAAAGAAGCCCUAAUCACUUGAAGGAAAAGGCAAAGACAUGCCUAUCUCUCAUAAACAGAAUUCAAUUUUGUAAAGAUGCAAUGCGGAAGAGGAAGAAAGAUGAGACUGAUGAAUUAACAAAUUCAAAAAAGCAAAGGAAUGAAUUAUACUCUAACUGGCUGGCAUUGGAUGAGGAGGAAACUGACUCCUUUCCUUCCAUGUUUUUUGAUAUUUUUUAAUUAAGUUACCCAAUGAUAUAAGAUAACAUCCUUGUAAAAAAAUGCAGUACAAAGUUUUAUAGCACAUGUGAAAAAAUAACUUCAUCUUCCAGAACAUCAUAAUGAUCUCUUCAUGACUAUAACUUCAAGCUGCAUUUUUUACUUAAGUCUUCAAAUUUCUAAAUUAAUGUAUUAAAUUCCCCCCCCCCCUCUCUACUGUAUCAAAAAUGUUUUCCCGCUAAUUUAACAUUUCAUUUUUUUUUUUUUAAUCUGUCUUGCUAAAAUGUGUGAUUAUAGAAAUUCCUUUAAAGAAUAUUUUAGGUUUAAAAUUCUUAUUUUAAAUAAAUGUGAUUGCAUUGUUUUAAAUGCCAUAACGAUGGUAACAGUAUUGAUUUGUAAACAUGAUUGUGUAUGAUAUUCACAUCAAUGAUAUCUGUCAACAUUGGAGUUAGUGUUAAGCAUCUCUCUACGUAUUCAAAAGCAAAUUUAGGAAAUUAAAUAUAUAAAAGAUAUAUUUUAAAUAUUAUAUUUUGGUUAGUCUAAAACAAUAUUUGUGGUACUUGGUUUUUAACAAAUGAAAGAUAUUAAUUAUAUAUUUGAAUAUAUAUUUUAAUUCUUGAAAUUUAUAGAAAUAAGCCACUCUUCACAGCAAUUUAGAAAUGGGGUAUUUUAUUCUCUCAUCCACUAUUUUAUGGUCAAAAUUAAUUAUUUAUAUCAUAAAGAAUGUUUGCAUUAUUUUCAAUAUAAAUUAUACUACAUGAUUAUCUUCUCCUUUGGGAAGAAAUGCUCUGUAACUUAUUAUGGAUAAAAUAUUUAUUUAAUGCGUGCUUAAAAAAUAGUACGUAUAAAAAUUGUUGUAUAUAUGUAUAUUGCUAUUGACAUUUUUUGAUGUAUUUAUGUUGAAUUUUUUAAAAUAUUUUUUUUGCUGUGAUUUUAAACUUUUAAAGGAAUGUAUGCUUUUUUUUUUUUUUUUUUCUCUCUGACUUCAGAUGGGAUAUAUUAUUUUCAGCUAGCCACCCUGUUGUAAAAAUAUUGCUUCAUGACUGCAUAUAAUAUUAACUUCAAUGAUUUUUGUCAGUAUUGGAGUUUGCGUUAAAUACCUCCCUGUUUAUUUAUUGCAUUGCAACAAUUCCUUCAUUUUGUGAAAAAUUCAUUAAGAAAAAUAAAUAUAUAAAAGUUAUAUUUUAAAUAAUUUUUCGGAUUGUCUAAGACAAUAUUUGUGGUACUUGGUUUUUUACAAAUGAUAUAUUUUAAUUUUUGAAAUUUGUAAAUAUAAGUCAUUCUUCACAUCAAUUUAGUAUUAAUGCAUUUUAUUCUCUAAUCCACUAUUUUAUGGUCAAAAUUAAUUAUUUAUAUCAUAAAGAAUGUUUGCAUGAUUUUCAAUAUAAAUUAUACUACAUGAUUAUCUUCUCCUUUGGGAAGAAAUGCUCUGUAACUUAUUAUGGAUAAAAUAUUUAUUUAAUGCGUGCUUAAAAAAUAGUACGUAUAAAAAUUGUUGUAUAUAUGUAUAUUGCUAUUGACAUUUUUCGAUGUAUUUAUGUUGAAUUUUUUAAAAUAUUUUUUUAUGCUGUGAUUUUAAACUUUUAAAGGAAUGUAUGCUUUUUUUUUUUCUCUCUGACUUCAGAUGGGAUAUAUUAUUUUCAGCUAGCCACCCUGUUGUAACAAUAUUUGUGGUACUUGGUUUUUUACAAAUGAUAUAUUUUAAUUUUUGAAAUUUGUAAAUAUAAGUCAUUCUUCACAUCAAUUUAGUAUUGAUGCAUUUUAUUCUCUAAUCCACUAUUUUAUGGUCAAAAUUAAUUAUUUAUAUCAUAAAGAAUGUUUGCAUGAUUUUCAAUAUAAAUUAUACUACAUGAUUAUCUUCUCCUUUGGGAAGAAAUGCUCUGUAACUUAUUAUGGAUAAAAUAUUUAUUUAAUGCGUGCUUAAAAAAUAGUACGUAUAAAAAUUGUUGUAUAUAUGUAUAUUGCUAUUGACAUUUUUCGAUGUAUUUAUGUUGAAUUUUUUAAAAUAUUUUUUUAUGCUGUGAUUUUAAACUUUUAAAGGAAUGUAUGCUUUUUUUUUUCUCUCUGACUUCAGAUGGGAUAUAUUAUUUUCAGCUAGCCACCCUGUUGUAACAAUAUUGCUUCGUGACUGCAUAUAAUAUUAACUUCAAUUUUUUUUUUUUUUUUUGUCAGUAUUAGAGUUAGCGUUAAGCAUCUCUCUCUUUAUUUCAUUGCAACAAAUCCUUCAUUUUGUGAAAAAUUCAUUAAGAAAAAUAAAUAUAUAAAAGUUACAUUUUAAAUAAUUUUUCGGUUUGUCUAAGACAAUAUUUGUGGUACUUGGUUUUUAACAAAUGAAAGAUAUUAAUUAUAUAUUUUAAUUCUUGAAAUUUGUAAAUAUAAGUCAUUCUUCACAUCAAUUUAGUAAUGAUGCAUUUUAUUUUCUCAUCCACUAUUUUAUGGUCA